AACGAACGAUCCCGCAGAGCAACUCACUCACAGUGCAAAUCACGCGAAAUAACCGGAAUUUUAUUCGUAAUUUGUAAUUUGUAAUUUAAUUUGUCGAAAAAUAUUGUUAAAAAUAGUGAAGUCCUUACCGAAACACCGAUUCAAUAAGAAUGGAAUUCUCCCGCCGCAGCCGGCUCAGACCGGAAGCCCAAUUUGGGAUGGAUUCGGUGCUGGAUUGGCUCAUUCCACACAACGUAGCACUGUACGCGAUUCCACCGAUGGUCGAUCUGUCCAUCACGGAGCUACAGUCGCUGGCCCUGGAGCGGCUGAAGGUGCUUCGCAUACUGGAGCAGGCGACCAACAAGAACCUGAAACUGUCGUCCGACGAGGGACGGGAAACCGUGUUCAACGAGAUGAAUCACGCCGGAUUGAAGCACUACGUAAGGCUGUGCCAGGGUAACCACUCGAAAGACCAGGACCUGGCGGCCAGGCGAAAGGAUUAUCUGUCGCAUUUCAUUCUGCGGUUUGCCUACUGCGGCACGGAGGAAUUGAGACGGUGGUUCAUCACCAGAGAAAUGGAACUGUUUCGUUUGAAGUUUGCCGGUCUCUCGCCGCAAGAUGUGAAGGAUUUCGUUAUGAAGUACGAAAUGGGCUACUUGCCACUGACCGCGGAGCAGAAAAGCGAAAUCAAGGAUGGCCUUUACGACAGUACCAUCUAUCACAGCGUCAUGCAGAUCGAAUCGAUGGAUUUCUACAAAGUGCGAUUUACGGACGUUCUGGAUUUGGUUCGGGGUCGUAGGUGCUAUCUGAGGGCAGGUUUCGCCUAUGUAUGCGCCAGUGACUUCGUUUCGAUUAUCGCCAAUAAACAUCAGCAGCUGUUGGAAGACGGCUUGCAGGCGCAUCUGAGGCUACUACCUGAGGUUGAGAACGACGAGAGAUUCGCGAUGAUAUUGAAGGAACUGCACACUUCGUAUACGGGCAAAGAUUACAGAGUAUCCAAAACGGGCCAGAUUCCGAUCGAAAGUCUGGAUCAGCUAUCGAAGAAAUCCUACCCGCUGUGUAUGCGCUAUUGCCAUGAUACACUUCGAUCGAAGCACCAUAUGAAGCACGGCGGGCGUAUGCAGUAUGGCUUGUUCCUGAAAGCCAUCGGAGUGACCAUGGAAGAUUCGUUGCGCUUUUGGCGAGAGGAAUUCACUCGAGGAACUGUAACGUUGGAAAAAUUCGAGAAGGAACACGCGUAUAACAUCAGGCACAACUACGGAAAGGAAGGCUCCCGGAUCAAUUACGCUGCCUACAACUGUAUGAAGAUUAUAACGACGAACGUGUCACCUCAGGACACACACGGAUGUCCGUUCAAGAUCUGGGAACCGUCGGUGUUGAAAACGAAGCUGAGCGCCUUCGGUUUGAGCGCGGCUCACGCGGAGGAAGUGGUCGGCUUUGCGAGUCGAGGUCAUUACCAGAUAGCCUGCGGGAAGUAUUUCGAAAUUUCCCACAACACCAAGCUGGAAGAAGGCAUCACCCAUCCCAAUCAGUACUUCGACCUCAGUCAGAUCACAGUGGGUGCGCGGGCGCCCAAGGUCAAACCCCAGAACCAAAAUCGUCGUACGUUCGGCAGCCAGGACACGUCCAUGGCGAGCGUUCGGAGUACCCAACAGGACACGACCACGAUGAACGCAGAUGACGACACCGAACUGUGGGAGCUGAUGGAAAGCAACGAGAAGGAAGCCAAGGAGGGAAUCAAACACGAGAGCCUACUGUUGAAGCAGCCGGAGCCGGCUGGUAAUACGCAGGCGAAAAAACCAACGUCCGAAUGGGGCGAUGAUGAGGAUUUCGACGUUUCUCAGGUUGAAAUGGAUCAGAACUGAGGUAUGUACAAAGUAGUUGAUAGUUUUCUUUGAAUAUCUGCCGAGAGCGGUUAAAAUAUGCUAAAGUUUGAAAUGAU